AUGACACCAUCACCAGCUGCCAAUCUAACUACAUCAUUCUUCAGAACACACCCGGCAUCGCCAGCAUCGCCAGCAUCGCCAGCAUCACCACCACUACGCCCACAUAUAUAUGCCAUCUCUACCCUCGAAGCACUACAAUCCUCGACCCACAUUACAAAACUAUCAAACACCAGUAAUAUAAUCUAUAUCAAAUCAAGUCAAAGCUCACUCCAAUACGAUCAUAAACUCAACUACUGGACGUUAAUCACGGUCAAAAACCGCAACACCAAUUCCGAUCCACCCCCUUCCCUUUUGCCUUCUCCUCCUUUUUCUCCUCCUCCUCCACCACCACCACAGCUCCACCACUCAUGGAUCCCCAUCACAUCGUGCCUCGAACUGAUUCAUGGUAGCGGCGGAUACUUGAGCCGGUACAUCACCAUAACAAUUGAACAAACACUAGACCAAAUCGGCGAAGCAAGUAUUGGAAUCCCACCAAUUUACUUUUCAAUAGGCACCAGUUUAGCCAUAGGUAAGCGCGUUGGCAUGUCAAAGUUAAACACAUUAUUGUUUAGUUGUGCUAUAAACCCUGGUGAAGUGGCUCAAUUUUAUAUCCGACCGAGUUUCGUUGUCGUUCCUGAAUUGAAGCGCAUUUGGUACAAGUUUAAAGGCAAGAAAUUGCAUUAUGUUGGGUUAAAUGUAAUAAAGUCGUUCAAGAUGUUGGUUGUGGUUGAUACCCCUGAACAUCAGUGUUGGGUAACUAGAGAUAUCAACGAUUUACAAUGUGGAAAGACAUUUAACAAAGAGGAUAGGGUUACGGUACAAUUGUAA